CGUUUUGCGACACUCUGUCGUUGAUUUCACGUCAGUGCCGUGCAGUGAGCUCCUGACUUCCGGCAGCUGCUUAAAUAUUGAAGCAUGGGGAAGCCGCGUAAGAAAGUGGAGUUCAGCCAUGCUGAGCGGAUGAUGAUGACAAUUGCCGAUGUCCUCAAGCAGCUGAUUGAAGCUCAUGAACAGGGGAAGGAUGUUAACCUUAACAAAGUGAAAACAAAAACUUCAUCCAAGUAUGGACUGACUUCACAACCUCGUCUUGUGGACAUCAUUGCAGCUGUGCCCCCUCAGUACAAAAAAGUGCUAAUACCAAAACUGAAAGCAAAACCCAUCCGGACAGCCAGUGGGAUUGCAGUGGUUGCAGUGAUGUGUAAACCACACCGAUGCCCUCACAUCACCUUCACAGGAAACAUUUGUGUAUACUGCCCUGGGGGUCCAGAUUCAGACUUUGAAUAUUCAACUCAAUCUUACACAGGGUAUGAGCCAACCUCUAUGAGAGCCAUACGUGCAAGAUAUGACCCCUACUUACAAACAAGACACCGCGUGGAGCAGUUGAAACAGUUGGGACACAGUGUGGACAAGGUUGAGUUCAUUGUGAUGGGUGGGACUUUUAUGGCACUACCAGAAGAAUACAGGGAUUACUUCAUCCGUAACCUGCAUGACGCUCUCUCUGGUCACACUUCCAAUAAUGUGGCAGAGGCUGUCAAGUACUCUGAGCGCAGCAAUACCAAGUGUGUUGGCAUCACCAUUGAGACCAGACCAGACUACUGCCUGAAGCGCCAUCUCAGUGACAUGCUGCAAUAUGGCUGUACACGCCUGGAGAUUGGGGUACAGAGUGUCUAUGAGGAUGUAGCCAGAGAUACUAACAGGGGUCACACAGUCAGGGCUGUGUGUGAGUCAUUCCAGCUGGCAAAGGAUGCUGGCUUUAAAGUUGUGGCACACAUGAUGCCUGACCUUCCUAAUGUUGGCCUGGAGAGAGACAUCGAACAGUUCAUUGAGUUCUUUGAGAACCCAGCAUUCCGCCCUGAUGGUAUGAAGCUGUAUCCUACACUGGUGAUCCGUGGCACUGGACUUUAUGAGCUCUGGAAAACUGGCAGAUACAAGAGUUAUUCACCCAGCACACUUGUGGAUUUGGUGGCUCGGAUCCUUGCACUCGUUCCUUCAUGGACACGGGUGUACCGUGUUCAGAGAGACAUCCCAAUGCCCCUGGUCAGCUCUGGAGUGGAGCAUGGGAACCUAAGAGAACUAGCCUUAGCCAGGAUGAAAGAUUGGGGAACUGAGUGUCGCGAUGUGCGAACGAGAGAGGUUGGAAUCCAGGAAAUUCAUCACAAAGUGCGACCAUAUCAGGUAGAAUUGGUGAGAAGAGAUUAUGUUGCAAGUGGUGGCUGGGAAACAUUCUUGUCCUAUGAAGAUCCCGAACAGGACAUUCUAAUCGGACUACUUCGCCUGCGGAAAUGCUCUGAGGAAACGUUUAGAACAGAGCUGAAGGGAGGAGUGUCUAUUGUGCGAGAACUCCAUGUAUAUGGCAGUGUAGUGCCUGUCAGCGCGAGGGAUCCAUCCAAAUUCCAACAUCAGGGUUUUGGAAUGCUUUUAAUGGAAGAGGCAGAACGGAUUGCUCGAGAAGAACACGGAUCAUCCAAAAUAGCUGUUAUUUCAGGUGUUGGUACAAGGAACUACUACAGGAAGAUUGGUUAUGAAUUGGAAGGACCGUAUAUGGUCAAACGUUUGGACUGAGCUCGUUCAUUUUCCAGCAAUUGUUGAGCAGGGUGCUGUUUGAAAAUCCUGACCACUGCAAGCUGUGCUUUUAAAAAUGAUUUUGCUUUGUUGAACCACCCAAUCAGCAAAAUCAUAGAUUCAUUAUGCUAGUUUUGACAAACUAUGUGGCUUGUCUGGAUUGAAAAUGGCAAUUGAUUGUCAGGUCCAACAUGACCUCAGUCACAUAAGGAUUGUGAGCAGGCUUCCCCUCUGUUACAACAAUAGACUAUCCUUGUUAUACACGUGUGGAUCCAGCCAAAGGAGGAUUUUAUAUUGUCACACAAGACAAUGAUGGAUACAGGUGGUUAUUUGGCUCCCCACUGAAAUAUCGAAUUACUUAUUGAUUCAUAGAUUUUGCUUUCCUCUUCCCAUAUUUCUUCUGUUCUUCAAGGUUGAAAGGCACCUGGCUCUCCAUACACAGGACUCUGACAGAUUGGGUUGUUGGGACUGAGCACUCGUUCCAGCUGUUGAAGUUGUUCAACAGCAGGUGGUUUUAGGAAAUGGAGUUUACAAUAUUUACAGGUUAAUUGGUCAGUCAUUGGUAAAGGUCCAUUGAGAUGGUGGUGCAAAAGUAACCAUUACAAUUUAACUGAUGAAUGUUUGAAAUAUUAAAUACAUUUUAACAUUAUCAUUUACUUGAUUAAAAAGGGGUGAAUUAUUUUUGUAAUGAGUUCAACAAAUCUUGACAUUAUGGUAAAGGAUGUUUAUUUCAAAGGGUUAAUUUCUUUAUCUCAGUUGUAGUAUUUGUAGGAUUGCUUCACCAUUGUGGUAGAAAAAUUGUUGGACUAAAGUUAUGUGAAAUACAGAAGAGAAAUUGCCUAGAACAGCAUGACAUCCCUUCCCACGCCAUCAGGACAAUCUCCUCCACUGAAAGGAUUCUAAAACCUAAAAACACUACCAUCUGAUCACUGCCUUCUCCUCCCUGUCAUCUCUUCCUCCUCUUCUCCCCCACCCCCCUGAAAAAAAAUUGUUUCCCUGACAAAGACCACCCUAAAUCUCACCACUUCCACUCCUCACCCGAGCCCUGUAGCAACUGUAGAAUUGAUCUGCUGAAGUCUUGCCUACAAAUUCAGAUAGGCUCACUCAUUGACUUUGCUUAUGUGGAAAGUCAAAUGCAACAGCAGGCUGUUACAAAUGAAACUACUCUCAAACGAUUUAACAGCUGUGAGUGCUGCCAAUCUUUGCAACAAAUCACAUGGAAGCACAUUUUGGGGAAAAAAAUGUCAUGGACUUCUCAGAUUGAAAGAUCAUCCAGUGCAGUUCAGCUGCAAAAAUUAGACAUUGCUGAGUUACAUAUUUUGAAAUUCUGAAAAUCUUUUGCAUACUUAAUUCAAUAAAGUGGGAACUUUUAAA